AUGGUCCACAUAUCCGGUUCGUCAUUUGAUUCUUGCGGGUCUCUACUCUUUGCCGGUGCCGGCAGCCCGCGUGCCUGGGCGGGCGUCGCGGCGGGUGAGGGGGGAGGCUCGCGAUUGGCCCGGCUCACCUCAACGAGCGAGCGAGCCUUCGCUCAGUCUGCCCCCGACCGCCGCGGGAGUCGCACGCGCCUCCGUGCCGCUCCACGCCGUAUG